AUGAAUUUCAAGAUUUUAUUAUUUCCUUCUUCUCCUCUUCCGCGUCCUUGUCCUUCUCCUUCUUCUUCUAAUUCUAUUGAGAUGGGGUAUGACCAAAACCCAUUCACAAUACACACCAAUUCAUUAUCAAAAAACAACUAUUCAUCUUUAGCGACCAACAAUUUCACUAGCCAUGCUAUUGGAAUCACGAAAGCGAUGCGGAUGCUUGAAGUUCAAUUCGGAAGUUCGCGUGCAUCUCCGAGUAAAAAUAAUAAUGAAGAUGUCAUCAAAGUCAACAAUAUUAUAAUGAAUGCUUCCAAAGAUUCUUAUCAUCCCAAUCUCCAUGGAAGUUCUUCAUCACUUUCACAGGGAUCGUUACCUCAGACGAUUAAUUUUCAUGGUGAUGACGUUACUGUUUGUGAUAAUAACAAAAGGAAGAGGAAGAAGAUCAAUGAAAAUAUUGACGAUGGUAGAAUACACAGCCUACCAUUCAAGAAAUAUGGACCAUACACGUGUCCAAAGUGCUAUAAAGUAUUGAAUACAUCUAAAAAAUUUGCUAGUCAUGUGGCGUCAACUCACUAUAAGUUCGAAAGUGAAGAAGAGAGAAAGAAGAGAUACAUGUUUAAAAUGCAAAAGAGAUCAAAUCUUCGUAUUCAAAAACCCAAUGAUGAAACAACUACUAUUGCUCAUGUUGACGCAUCGUCGAAUCAACCACAUCUUAUAACUUCCAUCAACGAGGAUGAUAAGAGUUUUGUUUCUCGAAUUCCAACUUUUAGUGGAGUAAUAGUCAAAUUAGAGCCAAAAGAUGAUUAA